CAGCCCCUUAUUAGUGGCGCAGGAAAGUGUUUUAUAGUGGCACCAUUCUUGCUUGACUCACACUGGUCUCCGGAGUUCCAUUUGAUCCUCUUGAGAUGCUAAUUAAUUCCUGCAUUAGGAAGCGGGACAUAGAUAUUAGCUCAAGUAGAGAGUCUUGUGCAGCGAGGCCGGGGAAGGGUGGAGGUAUGUAGUUUGGAAGUUCAUAAGAGCAGUUAGCAUGAAAAUAUCGAUAAAAGGUAACGAGGGAAGCAGCUUCACUCUCAUGUUGCAAGACACAGGUCGUUAGUCCGGCCGAGUCACUUCCGUUUCGUGAGGGCCAGACUGGCUGUCGUGAACCGUAUUGAUAAGCAACACACAAGGGCCACUUUCUCCACUUUCACUUGGUGCCUCUCUAUGUGACUAUUAAUUUUAAUAUAUGCUUUACUGUAAUGCUGCAUAAUCAUUUUAGCCUCGCUUGAUGUGCGGGAUCGUUUAUUAUUAUGAUUACUAUUAUUGUGAUGAUUGCGAUGAUAGUAACGGUGUAAUAUUACAAUAAUAAUGAUAAUAUUAAUAAACGAAAAUAUCAGUAAUCACAAUAACAACAAUCUCUUGGUGGGCGUGGCAGGUUCGGUGGUGUCAGCGUCAGCCUACGGAGAUGGUGGUGGUGGUGGUGGUGAUAGCGGCGGCGACCAUGGCGGGCUCAAGCUACGCCCAGGGUUUUCCAGACUCCCUCGAAGAUUCACGCGAAGCCUUCCGCCCCAGCGCCCUCUUCUUCGACUCCCCUUCCUCGUUCCGCCCCGUGCCGAGAGGUGGACGGAACUACGACCUCUCCAGCUCUGCCGUCCGUUCCUCCUCUCACGCUGGUUCACGUUUUCCAUCUUUCAACACCUUCCCAUCAACUCCUUUUUCAUCUCCAUCCUCCUCCUUCUCCUCUUCCUCUCAUGAGUCCUCUUCAUAUGCUAGUGUUCCAUCCUCCCCUUCCUCGCCCUCGUUUUUCUCCUCUCCAUCUUUCUCCUUUUCCUCUAAUCCUUCCUCUUCUUUCCCCGUGAUAACUCGGGCUUCUGGUGUCGAGAUCCUAGACGUGAGCGCUCAGGACUCACUUGAAAGCUUCGGGUUAACAUUAAGUUCCACUCUUGGCUUUGGACCUUCCGGAUCUACUCCUUACCACAUCAACCAUGGUCAUACUCGGAUAAUAUCUCCACCGUCACAAGGCUACGGCCCUCCGCCCCCUAAACCCAAGCCUGCCAGUGCUUACAAACCUCCCUCGCUCUCACAAACUUACGGCCCUCCGCCCCCUAGACCCAAACCUGUCAGUGCUUACAAACCUCCCUCGCUCUCACAAACUUACGGCCCUCCGCCCCCUAAACCCAAACCUGCCAGUGCUUACAAUCCUCCCUCGCUCUCACAAACUUACGGCCCUCCACCUAAACCCACUCCUAGCACUGUCUACAAAGGUCCCUCUCCUACACUAACCCCUCUUCCACGCAAGCCCACUCCCCUCGCUGCCUUCAAACCUCCCUCUCCCACCGGAAGCUACAGUCCUUCACCCAAACCCACCCCACGACCUGUCUUCGGCGCCCCCUCCCCAUUUCCCUUUGACUCAAGGUCGAGAGAAAGAUUCGCCUCGUCUGAGUUCCCACACUCGUCAUCGCGGGAACUAAGGUUUGGCGUCUCAGAAACCAUCUUCGGCACUUCAGUAGAGAGAUUUGACGAUUCAGCAUCCUCACCUCGAUCAUUCGGUGGGCUUAACCUCCGGCCACUCACUUUCUCCAGACCACGUGACACUUCCAGCUCCCGCGAGACUGCAUCCUCUCCUCGAUCUUUUGGUGGGCUUGACUUCCGGCCACUCAGUUUCUCCGGACUACGUGACACUUCUGGCUCUCGUGAGACUGCAUCCUCACCUAAAUCCUUCGGCGGGCAUGACUUCAAACAAUCCAGUUUCUCCGGACUACGAGACACUUCUAGCUCCCGCGAGGUUGCAUCCUCCCCAAGACCUUUCGGUCGACUUAACUCACAGCCACUCAGUUUUUCCAGACUACAUGACAGUUCUAGUUCCCGCGAAACCUUAGUGCAUCCCACGGCCAACAUAAAGCCUCCGUUAAGCAUCUCCUUCGUGUCCUCUGAAAGCUUGGACUCCCGGGAAUUUUUCGGGUCCAGAAGAGGGUUCUUCAAGCCUUCCUCCCACCUUGAAACCCCUGCCAAGUCCUUCCAGCCCCCUCAUUUUGGCCCUCUCACGCCUUCCGACUCACGCCAAAGUUCCUCCGCCGAGCUGUUCCCGAGGACGAGGGAUCAUCCCAGGCCGGUCGUGUCCCCGCCUCCAACACAAGUCCCCUCUGUGAAGACCGUGAGGCCGCGGCAGACAAGCUCCGUUGGGGGGCACUCAGGUUACCACUUUAACUACGACGUGAACGACUCAGCAGAGGACGACGACAAAUCGUUUGGAGGCCGACGUAAGAAAGGCCCAAACUUCGGGCACACCGAGCGGCGGGACGGCCGGCGCACCGAGGGCCGCUAUUACGUGGAGCUGCCGGACGGACGCACGCAGGUGGUGGAGUACUACGCCGACGAGACGGGCUACCACCCCACCGUCACCUACGUGUGAUCAACAUAUAUAUAUA